AUGGAAAAAAAACCUGGCACUAAUAUGAUAAAGGCUAAUUGGGAUGCAGCUAUGGAUUUAGAAAACAAGAGAAUGGGAAUGAGAAUUGUGUUUAGAGAUGAAAAGGGGGAGGUUCUGGCGUCUGUGUGUGAUGUGAAACAGAAUGUGCAUGAUCCUACUCUGGCUGAGAGUCUGGCUUUGUGGAGAGCACUUGAGAUAAGUUUUGAGCUCUCCUUUUCUUUCUCUGAACUAAUGUUUGAAGGAGAUGCAGUUGAUAUUAUUCAAAGGAUCAACAAGGUAGGUGAAGAUCAGUCAUGGAUGGGGUAUAUCAUCAAUGAUAUAAAACAGGUUCUUCAUCAAAAGGAAGGGUGGUCAGUCUGCUAUGUUCCUAGAGAAGGAAAUUAUGUUGCUCAUUUAUUGGCAAAACAUGCUUUAUUAUGUGGGGAAGAAAGGGUUUGGAUCGAAGGGGGUCCCUCUGUAAUAUGCAAUGCUUUAGUGAAGGAUAAGAUAUGUAAUCCAAACUUUGUUGAAGAUUUAUAA